UCCGCCUUGCUAUGAGCAAACUGCCCUUCUCAAAGAUGGCCACUGCGGCGCCUCUAGGACCAAAGUGCUCUGGGCCCCGCCUUUGAUCUCGUUGGUGGGGCUAGGGGAUGAGGACUGCGCCGCGCGGGACAAGUCGCCGGCGGCGCCCGAUGGAGCAGGCCUGUCUCGUCCUGUGACCUCCCAGCAAGGCCGCAGCUUCAUCCCUGUACCUUCGGGCCACUAGCUAUUCUGGAUGCUUAAGAGUGCCUCGCUAACGGUUAUAAGAAGCGCUUGCUUCAAGGGUCGGCCAUCAUCGUGAUCCCACUUCCUGUGCUCCACCUCCCCGGGUUUGUGAUGAAAGGAAAGAACAUGGAAUUGGAAAGGAUUGUCAGUACAGCCCUACUUGCCUUUGUCCAGACACACCUCCCAGAGGCAGACCUCAGUGGCUUGGAUGAGGUCAUCUUCUCCUAUGUGCUUGGGGUUCUGGAGGACCUGGGCCCUUCAGGCCCAUCAGAGGAGAACUUUGAUAUGGAGGCCUUCACUGAGAUGAUGGAGGCCUAUGUGCCUGGCUUUGCCCACAUCCCCAGGGGUGUAAUAGGGGACAUGAUGCAAAAGCUCUCAGUACAGCUAAGUGAUGCUAGAAACAAAGAGAACCUGCACCCUCAGAGCUCUUGUGCCCAAAGUCAGGUGCCUAUUUCUCCAGAGCUCCUGCAGCAGCCUGAAAAGCUCAAAGAAGAGACCAGGUCUCCUGUUGCUGCUGGGGACAGCCAAGAUGAGGCAGCUGGCACUGAGGAGGAACUGCUGCCAGGGGUGGAUGUCCUCCUGGAGGUAUUCCCUACCUGUUCCAUGGAGCAGGCCCAGUGGGUGCUGGCCAAAGCCCGGGGGGACUUGGAGGAGGCUGUGCAGAUGCUGGUAGAGGGCAAGGAAGAUGGGCCUCCAGGCUGGGAUGGCCCAAAUCAGGACUUGCCCAGGCGCCUCAGAGGCCCCCAAAAGGAUGAGUUGAAGUCCUUCAUCCUUCAGAAGUACAUGAUGGUGGAUAGUGCAGAGGAUCAGAAGAUUCACAGACCCAUGGCUCCCAAGGAGGCUCCCAAGAAGCUGAUCCGAUACAUUGACAACCAGGUAGUGAGCACCAAAGGGGAGCGAUUCAAAGAUGUGCGAAACCCUGAAGCUGAGGAGAUGAAGGCUACGUACAUCAACCUCAAGCCAGCCAGAAAGUACCGCUUCCAUUGAGGCAACCCCUGGACUCUGCUGAGACUUCCAGAUCUCAGAGGGAUGCAGGACCACCCCACCCCCCAACUCCUAGGGCUUUCCUUACUCUAGUUCCUUCUACUGCCCCUUCUCAGUGUCCCUGCUAUAUAAUGUUAACCUAUUCCUGGAGCUGCCUCCAUGAGCACAGUAAAGGUAGUAAAAAGAA